GUGAUAAACACAUUUCCUGUACACUGACGGUCUACCCAGUGAUGUCAGAGUGAAAUUGAAACAAAAUCGUGUCGCUCUUAAAAUCUAACAAAAGAUAUUAAGUAAAUAAAUAAAAAUACCAAAGAAGAAGACCAUAAAUCACUUAAAAGAACGACAAGACAUGUUAUCGAAUUGAAACGGACACCUGACGUCUCGUUGUAAUGUCUGUUGGUUAGCUGGUUAGUGUUACCCGUGAUUUGUUUUUGUUCAAUUCUGUUAUAAUAAUCAGGUAUUUACAAAACUACAUUAACUUCUGCCUGUACCUACCCGCUACAUAACACUGUUCUGGUCUGUACUUGGUCAUCACAGUUGAGUUUAACCUAUUUUUACGUCUUGGCAAGAUCUAAUCUGCCAAACCAGCACAAAGAUGUCAAAAUACACCACUUUUCCUGAUUCAGCCGAUGAUCAUAAUCCAUUUCAGGAUCCGUCAGUGACUCAGCACAGCAGCAACACUGGCUAUGCCACGCUGGACCUCUACAACCCAUUUGACAACAACAUACCAGCGGCUCCACCUCCAUAUGAAGCCACAUCUCCUGCUGCACCUCCUGCCCUAACACCUCCCACCAAGACCACGCCCACUGAGCCCAGGAAUUAUGGAUCCAAUGGAACACAGUCUGCAGUAAAUGCUACCACAGCAGAUCUGUUGAAGAAGCAGGAGGAACUAGAAAGAAAAGCAAAGGAGCUGGAGAGAAGAGAGAGAGAGCUGGAUGCCCAUGCACUUGGGUCCGGAGCCUCUCGUCAGAAUAAUUGGCCCCCAUUGCCCUCCUUCUGCCCGGUGAAACCGUGUUUCUAUCAGGACAUUAAUGUGGAGAUCAGCCAAAACUUCCAGCGCACUGUCAAAACCAUGUACUAUUACUGGAUGUUCACAGCAUGCACUUUGUUCUUCAACCUCAUCUCCUGUUUGACUCUGUUCUGUGCGCAAGCCACUAAUACUUCGGCACCGGUUGGCUUCGGAUUUGCCAUCCUUUGGUUUCUCCUCUUCACCCCCUGCUCCUUCCUCUGUUGGUACAGGCCUGUGUACAAAGCCUUCAGGAGCGACAGUUCCUUCAACUUCUUUGCCUUUUUCUUUGUCUUCUUCGCCCAACUGGUGCUUUAUGUUAUCAUGGCUAUCGGUAUCCCUGGCUGGGGCUUCAGUGGGUGGAUCCUGAGUUUAGCUGCUUUAAGAGAGAACAACAAGGCAGUGGGUGCGAUCAUGAUGAUCAGUUCUGUGCUUUUAACCGCUCAGGCGUCCAUGGGAGUGAUUUUGCUCAAGAGGGUUCAUUCCAUGUACAGGAAGACUGACGCGAGCUUUGAGAAGGCCCAGGCUGAGUUUGCUACCGGUGUGCUUUCCAAUCAGGCAGUGCGCCAGGCAGCCACCAAUGCCACCGUUUCUGCCGCACAGGGCGCCUUCACUGCACCCCGGUAGAGAUCUGGAUGAAAAAAGAGAGGUUAAAAAACCUGAUUGGUUACUCUGCCUUGAGACAGUGACUUAUUCUAGCUCUCCCAGACGUGGCUGAAUUGCAAACCUACACACUUACCCUAGACCCCUCUUGCAUGCAUGUCAUAAGGAUAGUAAUGCAACAUUGGAUUUCUUUUUGUCUUUGUUUGUCGGCCUUGCUGAGCAUCAGGCCAUUAGUUCAGACAUGCAAAAAGGAUCUAGGUGUUGGUUGAUGUGAAAUUAUGAUUUCUAUAAAUGCUCUCUAUGAGGAUCUUCAGUAUGAUCAACAAAAACAAUUGUCUUUUUUCCAUUUAUUAUGCUAGAAAAAGUCACUGGAAUAAUUUGUAAAGACCAUAAAAUACCUAAGACCCCAGGUUUUGACUUACAAUUCCUGUCUAUUUACAGUAAAUCUUUAAAGCUUGCAAAGUUAAGGCACAGCAGCCUUGCAGAUUCAAAUAAGACGUGCCACAUUCUGCCUUUGCUUUUUCCUUGACUUCUUCCUUUCUUUGUAAAUAGCUGUACAUGGCCUGGAAAGGGAUCAUUUCAUUGCUCUAGAAUUGAGGUUUACGCAAAACCUGUGACGUUUCCCUUGCCAAAAGUUUUUCUUAAACGAAAGAGAGGAAUCACAUAUCAUAUUUUAGAGAUUCAUGGUUCACUUUAUUAGUUUGUUGGUAGAUGGAUUUCUUGCUUUGAAAAAGCAUGUUAAACUAUUGUAUGUACCUCUUUGCAGCGAUACACCACUAAUGCUUUAUUUUCACGGGUUAUUUGUGCUUCGGAAAGCUUUGGAAUACAGAAUCAAACUUGAUAUCUUGACAUAAACUCAAGUUUCUUCUUAUCAAGAUGUGGUAGCAGCAGAGAUUGGUGUGGUUAUCUGUGGCCAACAUAUUUGUGUUGCUUUUGUGAUAUGUAACUUUUUCUUUUUGUACUUUCAAUCUAACAUUUUGCCUAACACAAUAGUAUAUGCCUAAAUGAAAGUAUUACUUGGUUUUAUUGUUAUUGUGUUGCUGCUGUAUGUCACUGUGUUAUCUGUUUUAUUAAAGUUCAUGAAUAUGCAUCUUA